GGUGGUGACAGGUUGUUCAGCUUCUUACAGCCAUCUUCACUGAAACUAAGGUUAACUCCUCACUCUCUAUGGACAGCUACUUUCUAUUUCCAAGGGCGUGAAGAAUUUUCUUUUUCUUCUGUGCAUUCAUCUAAAAGUUCUCCUUGGAUAAUUGUCGUCACAGUGGAGUGCCUGGGUUGGACAUCCUCAUCUGGGUCAACUAAAAAAAGAAAGCAUGCAAGACGACAGUGUAGAAGCUUCUACUUCCAUUUCUCAGCUUCUAAGAGAGAGCUAUCUAGCAGAAACUAGACAUCGGGGAAACAAUGAAAGGAGUCGAGCAGAGCCUUCCUCCAACCCUUUCCAUUUUGGCAGUCCUUCUGGAGCAGCUGAAGGAGGAGGAGGCCAAGAUGACCUUCCAGAUCUUUCAGCAUUUCUGAGCCAAGAAGAAUUAGAUGAAAGUGUCAAUCUGGCAAGAUUGGCCAUCAAUCAUGACCCUUUGGAGAAAGCAGAUGAAGCUCAAACUAGAAAACGUCUUUCUUCUGAUCAGAUGAAACAUCCAUCUAAAUCAAGUUUUGACCCUAACUUCUGCCAGGAUAACUCUCGCAGUCCUACCAACUCUAAAGAGAGUCCCCAGGAGGCAGCAAAGCUACAGUAUAGUUCUGAGGCCCAGUCCAAAAAAGUAUUCUUGAAUAAGGCUGCUGAUUUUAUUGAAGAGCUGUCCUCCCUUUUCAAAGCCCAUAGCUCCAAAAGGAUUAGACCUCGUGCCUGCAAAAACCACAAGAGCAAAUUGGAAUCUCAAAACAAAGUUAUGCAGGAAAAUAGCUCCAGUUUCCCAGCUACAUCAGAAAGGAGAGAAAGGGCUUCUGUUCCCAUCCCUAUCCCUGCAGAUACUAGAGAUAAUGAAGUGAAUCAUGCCCUUGAACAGCAGGAAGCUAAGCUGCGUGAAGCUGAGCAGGCUGCCAGUGAAGCAGCUGGUGGAGACACCACCCCAGGGUCUUCACCUUCAUCCUUGUACUAUGAAGAACCUCUAGGACAACCUCCCCGAUUCACUCAAAAGUUAUGGAGCAGAGAAGUUCCAGAAGGAACCAGAGUACAGUUGGAUUGCAUAGUGGUAGGAAUUCCACCACCUCAAGUAAGGCUUGUGGCUAGCCAAGUUAGCAGAUCUGGUGAUCUCUCCUCAGUGCAUUCAAGGUGGUAUUGUGAAGGCAAGGAGCUUGAAAAUUCCCCAGACAUUCAUAUUGUCCAGGCGGGAAAUCUGCACUCACUGACCAUUGCUGAAGCCUUUGAAGAGGAUACAGGACGAUAUUCCUGCUUUGCUUCUAACAUCUAUGGGACAGAUUCAACCUCUGCUGAGAUUUAUAUAGAAGGGGCUUCUUCUUCUGACUCAGAAGGGGACCCUAACAAGGAAGAAAUGAAUCGAGUCCAGAAGCCAAAUGAGGUGUCAUCCCCUCCCACUACUUCUGCAGCCAUUCCUUCAGCAGCACCCCAAGCCCAACAUGUGGUGGCCCAGCCGAGUGUGCCAAUCAUCCAGCAGUGUCGGAGCCCUACCAACUAUUUGCAAGGACUGGAUGGAAAACCUAUCAUUGCAGCUCCUGUGUUUACAAAGAUGUUACAAAAUUUAUCAGCCUCUGAGGGUCAGCUGGUUGUCUUUGAAUGCAGAGUGAAAGGAGCUCCAUCUCCUAAAGUUGAGUGGUACAGAGAAGGGACCUUGAUAGAAGAUUCUCCAGAUUUUAGAAUUUUACAGAAAAAACCUCGGUCCAUGGCAGAACCAGAGGAGAUUUGUACUCUGGUCAUUGCUGAAGUAUUUGCAGAAGACUCUGGAUGUUUCACAUGUACUGCAAGCAAUAAAUAUGGCACAGUGUCAAGCAUUGCACAACUAGAUGUAAGAGGAAAUGAAGACCUCAGAAACAAUGGGUCUCUUCACCCAACCAAUUCCACCACCAACCUGUCUAUUACUGAGCAACAGCCAUCCCCACCCAACCCAGAGCCUCCUUCUGUGGAACCGCCCCCUAAACCCAAACUGGAAGGAGUUCUGGUGAACCACAAUGAGCCCCGGUCCAGCUCGAGGAUUGGGCUCCGAGUACACUUCAACCUGCCUGAAGAUGACAAAGGAAGCGAAGUGUCCUCUGAGGGUGGCAUGGUGGCCCCCAACCAGAUCAGGCCUGAUUCUUUCUUGGAGAAAUUCAAUGGACAGGCAGCAAAAAUCUCUGAGCCUUCUUCACCUGUCAAAGAGCCCCCUCCAGUCCUGGCCAAACCCAAACUUGACUCCAAUCAGCUCCAACAGCUUCACAACCAAGUCUUACUGGAACAACAGCAGUUGCAAAACUCAUCUCCUUCAUCUCCUAAGGAGUUUCCUUUCAACAUGAGUGUCUUGAACUCUACUGCUCCCCUGGCAGUGACAACGUCCAGCAAGCACACGAAGUCCCCCUCUUCACAGACGUUCAGCCUGGCCCGGCCAAAGCAUUUCUUCCCCUCCACGAGCACCACCGCAGCAGCCAUGUCCCCUUCCAGCUCUCCAGUGUUUACCCUGAGCAGCACUCCUCAAACCAUUCAGAGGACAGUGAGCAAAGAAAACCUCUUAGCUUCUCACCCCUUCAUGCAAACCAAAUCUCUAGGAGCAGUUUCUGUUCAAAACGAGCCACCCCCUCCAGGUCCAUUAGAACCAGCACCACUACCACUCACAUUUUCCAUCUCCAGCGGAAACCAGUUUCAGCCCCGCUGCGUGUCCCCAGCUCCUGUCUCUCCUACCAGCCGCAUUCAGAAUCCAGUGGCUUUCCUCAGCUCUGUCCUGCCUUCUCUCCCUGCCAUCCCACCCACCAAUUCCAUGGGGCUGCCUAGAAGUGCACCAUCCACGCCAUCCCAGGGACUCAUGAAGAAAAAUACAAAGUCUCCCCAGCCAGUGAAUGAUGAUUCCAUUCGUGAAACUAAGAAUGCAGUAAUUCUAGACUUGGGGAAAAAAAUGAAUUUCAGUGAUGUCAGAUCAAACCAGCAGGAGUACAAAAUUUCAAGCUUUGAGCAGAGACUGAUGAAUGAAAUAGAGUUUCGCUUGGAACGUACCCCUGUUGAUGAAUCAGAUGAUGAAAUCCAACAUGACGCGAUCCCCACAGGCAAGUGUAUUGCUCCCAUCUUUGACAAAAGACUCAAGCACUUCCGGGUCACAGAAGGCUCUCCAGUCACGUUCACCUGCAAAAUUGUUGGAAUACCUGUUCCAAAGGUUUACUGGUUCAAAGAUGGAAAGCAGAUUUCAAAGCAAAAUGAGCACUGCAAAAUGAAACGAGAAGGAGAUGGAACGUGUUCUCUGCACAUUGAAUCCACCACGAGUGAUGAUGAUGGCAACUACACCAUCAUGGCUGCCAACCCCCAGGGGAGAAUCAGCUGUUCUGGCCACUUAAUGGUACAAAGUUUGCCGAUGCGCAGUCGAGUAACACCUACUGGUCAGUCUCACAGAGGAAGGUCCCGAGUGCAAGAAAAAGACAAGGAGCCCCUACAGGAACGCUUUUUCCGACCACAUUUCCUGCAGGCUCCUGGGGAUAUGGUAGCUCACGAGGGGCGCCUCUGUCGGCUGGACUGUAAGGUGAGUGGCUUACCACCCCCAGAGCUGACGUGGCUGCUCAAUGGCCAACCUGUGCUACCAGAUGCCUCCCACAAGAUGCUGGUCAGAGAGACCGGAGUCCACUCUCUGCUCAUUGACCCACUCACUCAGCGUGACGCGGGGACCUACACAUGUGUUGCUACCAACAAAACUGGACAUAAUUCCUUCAGUCUGGAACUCACUGUAGUAGCCAAAGAAGUAAAGAAAGCCCCCGUGAUCCUGGAGAAACUGCAGAACUGUGGGGUUCCCGAAGGCCACCCUGUGAGGCUGGAGUGCCGGGUAAUAGGCAUGCCACCUCCCGUGUUCUACUGGAAGAAGGACAAUGAGACCAUCCCUUUUACCAGAGAGAGGAUCAGUAUGCACCAGGACACAACAGGGUAUGUCUGCCUCCUCAUUCAGCCAGCCAAGAAAUCAGACGCCGGGUGGUACACGUUAUCAGCCAAGAACGAAGUUGGCAUCGUGUCGUGCACUGCUCGGCUGGAUAUAUAUGCUCAGUGGCACCAGCAGAUCCCGCCACCCAUGUCCAUCCGGCCCAGUGGCAGUCGUUAUGGAUCUCUCACCAGUAAAGGACUUGACAUUUUCUCUGCCUUCUCCUCAACGGAAAGCACGAUUGUGUAUUCAUGCUCUUCUCGGAGUGUAGUAGAGAGUGAUGAACUUUAAGAAAGUCCAGGUACCUGCUGUGCAAGGGGGCAGACUGUGGAGGGGGAAGGUGGACAAGCCAGAACCAGUGGUUUCCAAGCAACUGGAUUUGAGUAAGUUCCAAUGCCGCUGGACCUAUGGCAAGAAGUGCUUUGUAUGAGACAGCUGGGGACUCUUGCAGUUUCAGCUGGGGAAGAGAUAUAGGUCUGUGCCUUUUAAAGAUUCCAACAAAAAAUGUGAGGAGACAAUAACAGAUGAACCAAAGAUGUCAUGCCGCUGCCAUCCACUGCUUUGGGGAAAAGCUAGCAUGCUCCCUACCCCAUGCUGUGUUAGGGAUGUUUAGGCCUUGCUAGCAGCAAUUAGGGGCCAUAUGCUUGGGCUGAGAAGAGUUAGACAGUAGUGACCUUAGGUGUUACUAACACCAAACAGUGCAAAGGAAAAAGAUGGGAAGGUCUCCAGCAACCUUCAGUGAUUACAUUCAUAGCUGUAGUUUUGGUGGCUUAAGACAGCUUCUACUUAGCCCUACAAUGGUAGGGAGAUCAUGCCAUACAACUCACAUGUGUGGAGAAACAUUUUUGAUUUGCUUAUCCUGAGUGUACUGAGCCACAUAAUAAGGCAACAAAAUGUGCUUGAGAUACAAAAUCACUGAAACACUCAAUAUUGCACAGUGCAGUAUUCUAUAGCUAGAAGAGGGCUUCACCCACCUGUCUGCACCAUAUUCUUUUGGAUACAAUGGUGAGUGGUUUUUCUUUCUGAAUUUAUAUAUCCCUAGACUCUAGAACUAAGGGGUUGUUAAUAAACUAACCAGAAAGAAAUCUUCUCUGGAGACACUCUUUACACUACUAUCUUCAAUUGCCACUUACAAAACGGACAAGAAUCAUCAUCCUCUGCCCAUAAAUAUACUGAUCCUCCUGUUCCUCCCCUCUCCCAAAAGUCUGGAAUGUGUGACAGUGAGAGAAAAAGAGAUGCAACAAGGGGAGAAGUGAUGAGAGAGUGUUCUUCACUUGCCCUCACAGAGCAGUGGUUGUGGGAGGAGAGGUCUUUAAUGGUUGUGAACUGCUCUGAGAUCAUUCAUCAAAUUGCAUUUUCUCCAUAUAAAAUAUUAUGCUAACUGAAAAGGUGAAGGAAAGGGGAAUUUGCCUCUUUUUUCUAACCCACCAAUUCAAAACCUGCCUUCCAACUUAAGGAAUUUUUAGACUUAAGUUCACUGCAAUAUCCCCAGUGCCUAGAAUGGUACUUAGCACAGAGUAAGCAUUCAAUAAAUAUUUGUUGGAUGAGUGAAUCUUACAUUAGACAGAGAAAUCUACAAUUAAUGCACCAGUCAAAAAAUUGUCCUGGGGAUACUUGUCACAGCAUAGUUUGCCCCCAGGCUCACCAGUGACAUGAAUUGGAAGUAUCUGUCCCAGCAGGCAUCUUACUCAAGUGAACAAAUAGUAAUUGCUUAGAAAGGCUUGAAAUGUUCUUUUUCUUUACUUCAAGGCAAGGAUAUUCAGUAUAAAAAUAAGUUAAUUCACUCAAAAAUCACUUUUGUGUAUGUAAGAUGCUAUGCUUGAGACUGUGGGCGACGCAAAGAGAUGAAGAAGACACAGUCCCUGCCCACAGGGAGCUUACAGUCUAGUAGAGGAGAUAAGAUAGAAGCCACGUAGAGUGCUGCUUCUUAGCACUUGUCUUAGGACAAAAAAAAGUCUAUUCUUUAUCAAAUAGAAGUUUCUAGAUCUCUUCAUCCAGCAUUUUUCAUGUCUCUAAAAUCAAGGCUUCAAUUAUUUAACGGAAUGAUUAGACUUUGCUUCCUCUUUUCAUGUAUGCAGGAACAAUGCUAAAAAUAUAGGCAACUGCAAUAAAAAUAGAAUGCAUUUAA